ACACUCAUCACUGACUUUUGUACCUUUUGCCUUUUGAUCGACGCUUUGGUAGCAAGGGGCUUUUCAUCCCAUAUCCCCGGCCAUCUCUCUCCCAGAAAUUGCGCUUCCAAAAGCUGACACGGAUCGCCCGGGGAUUAGCCUUGUCCGGCCUUGUUAAUUGGGGCAAUAUCAUUUUCACAGCCCCCAUCACCACAAAUCCCUUUCUUCUUCUGUACCCCUCCCCUCCGAAUCUGGUGACCACUUUGGUGACCGCUUUCCUUCUCGGUACAUACCUACCGACCUCUACCUACCUUACCCUACUACCUAAUUACACCACACGACCAUCCCGUCCUAGUUCUAGGUGCCGCUGCUGCCGCCUUGCCCGCCCUCCCGCCCUACCCGCUACUACACGUGCGUCCGGUGUUGGGAAUGAGACUUCCACCGCCAUCCACGCCGACCCAACUUCUGCGUCUUCGGCUGACGAGAUCCGCUCUGUCCAGAUCUGCUGUUUCCACCACUUCCCCCCUUGCUACCUCUACGUGUCCUUCGAGUCAACGAACUGUUAGCACCAAAGUUGGGGCAGCGACGAUCACUCCAGGUCUCCGGUUCCAAUCCCUCCUCUUCCCUCCUUCCACCGCUAUCACCACCACCACCACCACCACCACUACCGCCUUCUUUAGUCGCAACAACCUCUCGACUAGUACUACUACCGUCAAUAAGCGAGAUCAAACAGUAAAACCAACAGUCACCCUUGCGCCUAGUACACCCGUUGUCCUUCGCGCUUCUGUAACCGGUCUCGGUCUCCUCUUCGUCCUUGGUCUAGGUCUCGGCUACGGUAUCACCGGUUUCCUCGGUCAAAAGUCUACCGAGCAGCAGGAACUUCCGUCCGAAGCCUCUUACACCACCAUCCAAAACAACAUCCAAGACAUUCUUGACGACGAGUCCUCCACCACAAACAUGUCUCGAGAAAUCGCCCCCGGCCGCCCCGGCAAUUUGACCCCCGAGCAAGAGGAGAAGCUCAAGCAACUAUGGAAGCUGAUCUUCCAAGUCUGCGGCGUCUCCUCGCCUUCCCCGUCCUCUGAGUCCAGCACUCCCGCCGCUACCUCCGACGAUGUGAGCAUCAAGGGCGAUGACAAGAAGAAGAAGAGCAAGCUUUCCAUGUUCUCGCGCAAGCACAAGAAGGACUCAGACGACACCACCCCUGACAGCGCCUCUACGGCCUCGGGUUCCAUGCCCGGCUCCCCCGCCAUUGUGCUCAACGCCUCCACCACCUCGGGCGACGACGACAAGUACAACCAGCUGUCCAAGUUCCACGAGACGCUCGCCUCUCAGUCGCCCGCCGCCAUCCGCGAGACGAUCUGGUCCAUGGUUAAGCACGACCACCCGGACGCUCUGGUGCUGCGCUUCCUGCGCGCGCGCAAGUGGGACGUGGAGAAGGCGCUGGUCAUGUUCAUUUCUACCAUGAACUGGCGCGACAACGAGAUGAAGGUGGAUGCGGACAUUAUGCGCUCUGGCGAGGGCGGGGCGGCGGAAGCGGAGAAGAUGGAGGCCAAGACAUCGGAAGAGAUUGCAAAGAAGAAGCUGGCGAUCGAUUUCUUGACGCAGACAAGGAUGGGCAAGAGUUAUGUCCAUGGCGUUGAUAAACAGGGGAGGCCGAUCUGUUUUGUGAGGGUGAGGCUGCACAAGCAGGGCGAGCAGAGCGAGGAGAGUCUGGAGAGGUACACGGUUUAUUUGAUCGAGACUUGCCGGAUGUUGUUGCAAGGAAGUGUUGAUACUGCGACUAUCGUCUUCGACAUGACCGGCUUCUCCAUGGCCAACAUGGACUACGCCCCCGUCAAGUUCAUGGUCAAGUGCUUCGAGGCCAACUACCCCGAGUGCUUGGGCGCCGUGUUGGUGCACAAGGCGCCGUGGAUCUUCCAGGGCAUCUGGCGCGUAAUCCGCGGUUGGCUCGACCCCGUCGUCGCCAACAAGGUGCACUUCACCAACAACAUCUCGGAAAUGUCCGAGUUCAUCUCCCCCGAGAAGCUUCCCAAGGACCUCGACGGUCAGGAAGACUGGGAAUACAAGUACGUUGAGCCAGUCCCUGGCGAGAACGACAGGAUGAAGGAUGAGGAAACCAUCAGCAAGUUGCAAGCCGCGCGCGCCGAGCUAGUCAAGGAGUACGAAGAGGCCACACUGCAGUGGAUACAGGCUAGUGGUAACAGCGAGGAACUGAAGAAGAAGAGGGACGCGAUUGCGGAAAAGCUGCGGGUGGAUUACUGGAAUCUGGACCCGUACGUGAGGGCGAGGAGCUUUUAUGAUCGCAUUGGAGUCCUGCUGCCGGGCGGGAAGCUGGACCCGUUUCUUGAGGGGAAGAAGGAUGGCGUGAGUGGGAUAACGGAAGGUGUGGCGAAGGUGGGGGUGAGUGACACGCAAGCCGAUGAUGUUGACUGAUUUCAGCUGGCUGUGAGGGUGGUUGGUGUAUGAUGGCUCUUUUUGUCAUUUUUGGAAAGUUGUAUUUGUUUCAUGGAUAUAUAGGAUUAAAGUGUUUAUAAUAGACGAUGAGAUGUGGCUGGGUCAGGACAUAACAUGGCAUGGUGGAAUAUACGAUAGAGCUAUAACGGGAGGAGAAAAGGCGUAAAUGCGG